AAAGAUCCGAGUGAUAUCGUCAUACACUACGAAUCGGCCUGCCUCCGUCGCUCACGGAAAAGAACGCUCCCACGUCCUCUCCGAGACGGGUCUUCCUCCUCAAAUUUUCCUCCGUACUCGCCCUCACGCAACUCCCCCACGCCGCCAGCUCCGCAACUGCCUGCUCAAUUGGUCACCGCCUAGCUCCGCAUCCCCGCGCGAUAGGUCACCGCCGCACCCACCAUCUCUCCCCGCGUCGUGGCCCUCAAUGUUGCCUUCAACGUUGCCCUCACCGUUGCGCGCGUCGGGCCGACGUCUCCGCCGUUGUCGCGCUCAUCGUCUCGCUGUGCCUCGCCGAGCUAGGGUUUGGGGUCACCGGCGGUGGCUACCCAAAGAUCACUCAGCAACUCUGCUGCACGACGCGCUCGACCACCGCGACAACAUCGUCAGGGCACUUGCCGCCAGGCUCAGGGCGUGCCAGGCGCGACUCCUCCACCUCAGCUUCCUUGCUUCCCCGUCGUCCCGACUGCCGUGGCCGACCGCCCCUGCUCCGACUCCAAUUCCGACUCUGAUGACCAAUACCGUUCCGUCCGGUGCCUCAACCAUCCCGCCGCCGACGUGGGCACCCCACGCACCCACCACCUGCUCAACGGAAUUCCCAGCCCAAAGGACUCUGACAAGGCGGUUGUCAUGUUUGGUUCGCCGCGCCGCCACUCCCGCACGCUCUCCGGCGGCGACCCAUACGAUUGUCGGGUCGCGUUGGCCGACGAGUUCCCUCUCUUCACGGACCGGGACGCGCUGGACCAGGACAACGACGACGAGGAGGCUGACCGGGUGUACACGGUCGAUGCGGUGCACGGCGUGCCUGUGAUGGCGCUCGAGGACUGCUGCUACUUUGGGACGACGACGCUGGAUGACGCGACUCGUGCUAGACCUGGAGGCUGGGUGGAGGAGGACGAGAUACAGAAGCUCAAGGUGCAGGCGUUGGAGGCAGAUCGGGAGUCCAUGCGCCAUGCCAUCUUGUCCAUGGGAGAUGAGAAGGCGUAGGUUGUUCUGGAGAUCGCUCAGCAACUCUGCAGGGACACGGCACCUUUCCCUGCUGUUCCGCUCAAGGUGUAGCGAAGGCCACAACCAGUUGUGACGGCAUAGAGGAAGGUGGUGAAGAGGCAGUCACCCUUCGCUAGGAUCUUCAUUGUGACAGUGAUCAAGGUGCAUGGCAUUGGUUCUUCACCGAUUGAAAUUGUAAAUGCUUUUGUUGGAGCAUAGAUCUCAGCUUCUGUACAUGAGUCCCAAAAGCAAGAAUUUAGAGCUUUGAGUCAUGGAGUUGAGGCUGACAAUUUGACACCAAAGUUUUCCCUACAAUAACUACUGAUUGUUCUAUAUGUUGUCUGGUUUAGUUGUUAGAGGUUAUCCCAAUUAUCUCACCACAAAGUAAUAAAGGAAAGACAGACCUCAACCUCACCUUACAAUACUCAGUUUCUUGGAGAUCUAUUAAGGUUAUAUAUUGUCUUUCUUUGCAAUUGGUUUCUAUUCUACCUUGUUUGGGAUUGUGUAACAUUGUUCUCCGUUUGAAAUGUUGUCAAACCUGAAUGUACAUUUGAGUAUAAGUAAUUUCUGCAA